AUGGCUUCAAUCAAUAUCAAUGUUUCAUCUUUGGAUGGGACCCUUUCGGCUGCUGAGUUUAAAAUCGCUGCUUGUGCCUUUUCAGAGCUAUGGAAAAAAUUCAAUUCAGCUCUUCCUCAGUGGUCAUGGAUCCCUUCUUCAAAACGGCUCGGGAUUCCCUUCAAUCAUGUGGAAGGUUACUUAUCAAUGGAAAAUGUAAUUCUUCCUGGUUUUGAUCAGGAAGAUCAUCAUAAAGGGGAUCAGAUUGAGAAAGAAGAGUAUAGUUGCUCCAAUGUAGAUGAAUUUAUUGAUGAUGCCAUAUUGGUUGAAAAUUAUUGUCAUGAAGUAAAUCACUAUGACUUCCAUGUUGUCUACAGCACCUCUUAUAUGGUACCUGUGCUAUAUUUUCGUGCUUACCGCAGUGAUGGACAAACUCUGGUUUUGGAUGAGAUUGAAAAGGAUAUCCCUCUCAAUUCAGGAAAAAUGCUAAGGGAAUCCAAGUGGACGUUUAUAACCCAGGAGGAGCACCCUCAAUUGAACCGACCUUGGUAUACACUGCAUCCUUGUGGAACUAGUGACUGGAUGAAGUUACUUUUAACCAAUGAAGCUUCAAUUGCUCAAGAUGGGGUGGCAACAGAGAAAUAUCUGGUGUCGUGGUUCUCGGUAGUUGGGCAGGUAUUUGGUCUUAAAAUCCCCUUUGAGAUGCUGGAUAACAUUGAUGAGAUAUCUCCAGGUCUUUUAGCUGUUCAGACGAAGCAUGCUAAAAACUCUCUUGUUUCCAUCAGCUCCCUUCAAUGGAGAUUCAAUACAACCUUUGCUUUGAAUCCAAAAUCUUGUACACCGUUUAUGGUCUUCUCAAGAGCCUAUAUGGCUACUGCUGCUUCUACUAUGGCUAGCCAGCUCAAGAGCAAUUUUGCUUCUUCCUUGACUAGAGGACUGGUUACUCCAAAGGGUAUUUCUGGAGCUCCACUCAGGGUUCUGCCUUCCGGGAGAAAGUCUUGCUUCACCAUCAAAGCUGUCCAGUCUGAGAAGCCCACUUACCAAGUGAUUCAACCCAUCAAUGGUGAUCCAUUCAUUGGAAGCCUUGAGACCCCAGUGACAUCAAGCCCAUUGAUUGCUUGGUACCUCUCAAAUCUCCCGGCCUACCGGACCGCUGUCAACCCACUUCUCCGGGGCAUCGAGGUUGGUCUUGCCCACGGUUUCCUCCUCGUUGGUCCAUUUGUGAAAACUGGCCCCCUCCGUAACACACCUUAUGCAGGUGGAGCUGGUUCCCUAGCGGCAGCAGGCCUUGUUGUGAUCCUUAGUCUUUGCUUAACAAUUUAUGGGAUAUCAUCUUUCAAAGAGGGUGAGCCAUCAACUGCACCUUCAUUGACACUGACUGGCAGGAAAAAGGAGCCUGAUCAGCUGCAAACUGCUGAGGGUUGGGCCAAAUUCACUGGAGGAUUCUUCUUUGGUGGGAUUUCUGGUGUCACUUGGGCAUAUUUUCUCCUCUAUGUUCUUGACCUUCCUUACUACUUUAAGUAG